AUGAGAGUAAGACUCCGGGGCCCAGACGGGCAAAGCACACUCACACUUGAAGACACUGCAACAGUGGCCGACUUGUCCGCCCUCAUCACAGAGCGAACAGGCUUCGGAUUGUUCGACGUCAAAUAUGGCUAUCCACAACCGCAGCCUCUUGAUCUCAGCCGAUACGAGCCGAGCCAAAAACUGACAGACUUGGACGUGAAGCUCAACGGCGAACAGCUUAUUGUCAACAGCAAGGAGACGCCCGCACCGGGCAGCGGCGGUGACGACGCAAUUACGAUACACAACAAGGCACCGUCGCCAGCAGCCAAAAAUAACAAGGCCGACACUACUACAAAGCCAGAAGAUGACAGUGAGGUGCCAGAAGUACCAUCGCCUGAACACGGGGGCACGGUGGUGCUACGAAUCAUGCCCGACGACAACUCGUGUCUCUUUCGAGCAGUGGGCAGCGUCGUGGUGGGCGGUAUGGACACUAUGACCGAACUACGAUCGAUCAUAGCGCAGACGAUCCAAGCGCAGCCCGAGGAAUACCCGGACGUGGUGCUAGAGAAGAAAGCAGACGACUACUGCCGGUGGAUCCAGAGCGAGGACGCCUGGGGAGGUGCCAUUGAGCUCAACAUCCUCAGCAAGCACUUUGCGGUCGAGAUCUGCUCGAUCGAUGUGCAGACGCUGCGAGUCGACCGGUUCAACGAGGGCCAGGCCAACCGAUGCAUUGUGGUCUACUCGGGCAUCCAUUACGAUGCCAUCGCGCUGUCGCCGUCGGAUCCUCCCUUUACACACGCCUAUGCACCGCCGGACUUUGACACGCGGGUUUUUGAUGCGCAUGAUCCUGUUAUUCUGGACAAGGCGCUGGACCUGUGCCGCAUCCUGCAGAAGAAACACUACUACACAGACACGGCGACGUUUCGCAUCAAGUGCAACACAUGCGGAGGACUAUUUGUGGGCGAACGGGGCGCGACAGAUCAUGCAGCAAAGACGGGGCACUAUGAUUUCGGGGAGGCAGGGUGA